AUGCCCUCAUUUACGAGUUGUAUUCUUAACUUCGGCAUCUCCAAGGCGGUCUACCAGAUUACACCAAUCACCGGAUACAAAGCAAAUCUCACCGCCCAACUCUACUCACCAGCUGGAAAGAGAGGAUCCUGUGUGGGCUUCAAAAAUGCGAUGAGUUUGGAUUUACUUUGCAUUAAACUCCCACCUCGGCAACGGUUCGCAAGAAUAUCCUUCAUCGCCGCCCGAAGACCUCGUCGAGCUGUUAUCCUGAACAGCAAUCACUUCCCUUCCGGCUUGCUCAAGACGGGAGGAUUGGAAACAUCUGAGAAUCCUCAUUGGUAUAUAAGGCUGCUAGAAUGUGUGAUCGAUGAAACAAUUUCAGGCAACAAGGAACUCUUAUAG